GGCGGCGCGAUGCAGUGGAGACUGGAAGACGCCGAGGCCGAGCCUCUGCUGCUGCAGUGCCGGAAGAUGGCGGGCGACAUGGAGGCGCUGCGCAGGAGCGAGCAGCGCUACCGCGCGCUUGUGGGCGACGACGAUGCGGGUGACCGCUGUGCGGACCGCGAGGACCCUUCGACGCGCGCGCAGUGCCUGCACGGUAUCGAGUCUGCGCUGGCCGCCCUUGGCGUGGAGGAGAGUGAGGAGCCAGCGGCAGCGGCCAUCAUGAGAGCGGCCGAGGAGGCGAGAGCACGUGAAGAGGAACUGCACGACAGACUGGACGAGAGCGCAGCGCGCGGACGGGCGCUGGAGUCGAAGCUGAGCGAGCUGACGCGGGUCGCGGACAGCCUGCAGCGUGCGCUGGACGGCAGCGUGCUUGCCGUUGAGGACGAGGAGGACGCGAGCGCCGCUGGGGACCGCGCGGUGGAGGCGCUGAAACGCCUGUGCGAGGACUCGGUCACCGUCUCGGCGGUAAUGGGCGGCGCGAUGCAGUGGAAACUGGAAGACGCCGAGGCCGAGCCUCUGCUGCAGCAGUGCCGGAAGAUGGCGAGCGACAUGGAGGCGCUGCGCAGGAGCGAGCAGCGCUACCGCGCGCUUGUGGGCGACGACGAUGCGGGUGACCGCUGUGCGGACCGCGAGGACCCUUCGACGCGCGCGCAGUGCCUGCACGGUAUCGAGUCUGCGCUGGCCGCCCUUGGCGUGGAGGAGAGUGAGGAGCCAGCGGCAGCGGCCAUCAUGAGAGCGGCCGAGGAGGCGAGAGCACGUGAAGAGGAACUGCACGACAGACUGGACGAGAGCGCAGCGCGCGGACGGGCGCUGGAGUCGAAGCUGAGCGAGCUGACGCGGGUCGCGGACAGCCUGCAGCGUGCGCUGGACGGCAGCGUGCUUGCCGUUGAGGACGAGGAGGACGCGAGCGCCGCUGGGGACCGCGCGGUGGAGGUGCUGAAACGCCUGUGCGAGGACUCGGUCACCGUCUCGGCGGUAAUGGGCGGCGCGAUGCAGCGGAAACUGGAAGACGCCGAGGCCGAGCCUCUGCUGCAGCAGUGCCGGAAGAUGGCGAGCGACAUGGAGGCGCUGCGCAGGAGCGAGCAGCGCUACCGCGCGCUUGUGGGCGACGACGAUGCGGGUGACCGCUGUGCGGACCGCGAGGACCCUUCGACGCGCGCGCAGUGCCUGCACGGUAUCGAGUCUGCGCUGGCCGCCCUUGGCGUGGAGGAGAGUGAGGAGCCAGCGGCAGCGGCCAUCAUGAGAGCGGCCGAGGAGGCGAGAGCACGUGAAGAGGAACUGCACGACAGACUGGACGAGAGCGCAGCGCGCGGACGGGCGCUGGAGUCGAAGCUGAGCGAGCUGACGCGGGUCGCGGACAGCCUGCAGCGUGCGCUGGACGGCAGCGUGCUUGCCGUUGAGGACGAGGAGGACGCGAGCGCCGCUGGGGACCGCGCGGUGGAGGCGCUGAAACGCCUGUGCGAGGACUCGGUCACCGUCUCGGCGGUAAUGGGCGGCGCGAUGCAGCGGAAACUGGAAGACGCCGAGGCCGAGCCUCUGCUGCAGCAGUGCCGGAAGAUGGCGAGCGACAUGGAGGCGCUGCGCAGGAGCGAGCGUUGUUCUGUUGUUAAUUUGUUUAAUCAGCGUGCUCUGUUUUUGGGUUCGUUGUUGGUUUCGGAGGAGUUGGAUGAUCGUAUUUCGUUGCUGUCGGAGUUGUCGUUUUUUCCUAGCAAUUUGUUGAAGAUUCUUGUUUCUUAUUUUACUUCAGUGUCUGGUAUUUGUGCUUUAUUGCGUUGUGAUGCUGGCAGUAUUGUUCAUCAGGUGGAAAAAUUGUUGGAGUCGCGGGAUUAUUAUUGUCGUCUUGUUGGUGGGGGUGAUUUUAUAUUGGAAACGGAUGAUGAUGAUGUUACCCGUGCGGAAUGUGUUCAUGUUAUAAGACGUGCUGUUUCGCGUCUGGCACCAGCAAUUUUGGACGAUGCAACGCUGCGUCUUCCUGAGAAGCUGCAAGGAGCUGUACAAGGAAUAAUUCGGGAUAUCUCGCAUAUUAGGGCAUCUCUGGAGGAGGCUUUGGAUUCUGCGGGGCGUGCUGAAAAGGAUUUGGAGACUAUUGUGUCGGCGAGUGAACGAGCUUUGCUUAUGUUACGAGGUGUGGAUUCCUCUUCUGAGGCUGUGGAUGGUGUUGUUGUGGCGAGGCCAAGCGUUUCUUUUCUUUCACGCUCUCUUUUAUCUCAGGCUGGGGAAAUAACGGGCAGACUACGUGAUCUCAGUGAUGUGUGUGUGGAGUGCAACGCGAUUGUGGGGCAGGCGCUUAAACGUGAGUGUGAGCAGCUCCAGGUUGGAGCGGAGGGCUCAUUGUCUUCCACGGCGCCUAUUGAGCCGGAUUUUCUGUUUCUUGUCGAUCAUUGCAGGGAAUUGGUGGCGGAGGUUUUCACACUGCGGGAGCAGCGUCGCUCCAGUCUUGCGGCAAUUGAAAGGAAUGUGGGGGAUCAUGAAGUGUUGUUGGGUGCCGUUCGGGGCUCUGUGAAUGCGUUGUUGUUUGCGCUUGACAAUGCCGCCUCCGUGGCAUCGCAGGGUGAAGAGGAUGGUGACAGCAGUGAAUCUGUGGCUAACUUGUGCGAUAGGUUGGGGUCUUGUACUCGCGCGGUCACUCGUCUUUUGCGAGAAAAGGAGCACGCUGCCUCAGCCUCGGUGAAAUUGCUGCAGGAGGCACUUUUGCCUGAGGAGGAUCGGCGUAGUAGCGACAAUGAUGGUCUCUUUUCUCUUGCGAGCGACGUGGUGCGUGCACUGGAGGCGCGUCGUGUGGAACUGGAUAGUAUGGGGAAAGCACUUGAGCAGUCACGGCAUUUUGCAAAAGAAUAUCGGCGGCGCAUGGAAAAAAAUUUUGCGGAACAGGAUGCCGCGAUGACUGCGCAGGUUCAGACGCACGAGGCGAUGGAGGGGCAGCUGAAGGAGGCGACGGAGCGGCAGGUACAAGCCACAGCCAACGCGGCUAAACUUCUUCGGGAUUUGUCAGAAUUUGCAGGAAGUGUGGCAGCCAUUACCCUGUACGACGGCGAUGUGAAGGUGGAUGAUGGGGAAAGAAGUGAAGAUGCGAGAGUUGCCCAUAAGAAGGAUGUGGUCACGUACGAAGUGAGUAGAGAGCGACUUGAAGGGAUUCUGGAGAAUUGCUCCACUGUCAUGCGGACAUUGGAGGCGGCGAAGGCCAAGGCCAAGUCGCUGUCAUCCGAGGCAGAAGACCUGCGCGGAAGGCUGCGGGAAAGUGAAAACACAUCACGUGAGCUGGAGUAUCAGUCACGCCACGCCGAGACUAAGGCUGCCGCUCGAGUCGCCGCAAUGACAGAGGAGAUGAAUUUUCUCCGUAAUGCACUGCAAGCAAAGGUGACGGAGUGUGAGAGGAUUCAACAACAAGUACAGGAUACCGAGCGGCGUGUGGAUAGGCUACAGGCGGAGAUGGCAGACAACACUAAGACGUUCGGCAACGAGCGUGACACUUUAUCAAAGGUGCAUUCUUUGUUGCUUUUAGAGAACGAAGAGAUGCGGCGACAACUGGAGGAGUUGCGGACGGAACAAAAGGAAUUACAGAACUUCUUGCGUGGGUGCCAAGUGACGUCACUAGACGAUGCAGCAAAGAAAAUGGUGGCAUUUGCAGGGGAUGUUCUCUUAAACAGUCUGGCACUUGAGGAGGCAGAAAAUCGCGUGCAGUUGCUGCAGAACUGGGCGUUGAGCUACGGUGUGCACACAGCUCCACUGCUGGGUAUUUGCGCUCGUGUGGCAAAUGCAAUUUCUGCCUCUGAGUUUGAAGACAUACCCAUGCGCGUGGCAGAGAUGCUGAAGAGGGAACAGGAGUUCGGUCGGUUACUCGGGGUUCCAGCGAGAACAGUCGGACCAACGCGCGCCGCUCUUCUUAAAAUGGUAACUGACUGGGCGGAAAAGAUUGGUGUGGAGCAGCAGCCGGAUGCAGGGACGUUUCUUACCGAAUUGGACUUUGCCCUUUCUGAUUUGCACUCAGGCUAUGCGUCUCUCAAAAACAAAAUUGCUGCUAUUCAGAACGAGCUAUAUCAAUCUCUGUCUACAUUGGAGACGGGUGGAAAGCAAGCGGAGCAGAUUACUGCGCUCCUGCGGUCCGCCCAUCCGACGGAAGAAUUGACGGUUACAACAGCGACAGCGGGAGAGAUGUCACCGUCUGCUAUCCUUCAAGUGGCGCUCGCAUCGUUGCGCUUGGAAGUUGAGUGGGCUGUAGAAAAGAUUGUUAGCAACACCGAACAGACGCGAAGGACGCUGGAAGUGCUUGAGCCCGUGUGCAGCGGCCGCAGUGUGCUGGAAGUAUGCUUGCACGCAGCGGAGGAAUUGCAGGAGCGACGGUCGACGGAAGAAGUGCUUCGGGCGGAGUUGGCGAAUGUGCAAGCGAAGGCGGAGUCUUACCGUGGCUGCAUUGAAGCGAGCAUGAGAUGCCUACCAGACUCGCUGAUUCACGUCAAGGCAGGCGAUGAUUUGCAGCGAAGGUGCGCUUCCGCCAGUGCGGAGCUGCGCCGUCGGAUGGAAGUUCUUUCCAGCGCUCAGCGGAUCAUUGCGUUGGCAGGGCAUGAUAAUCGCAGUGGUGACCUUUGCAUGAACGUUGAAGACAUGCUCCGGAAGCUGCGGCAGCUGAAAGAAAGGGAGAAGAUGCUUGAGGCGAAUUAUGAAAGUGUUCAACAACGAGCGUUGAAGCUUGAGAAAACGCUGCGGGCGACAGAAGAACGACUGGAGGAGACAAUAACGUUUCAGGCAGAAAAAGAGCGGAAUGCGAUUAUGCAGGAAAAAGAGAAGCAGAAUUUGUUGCAGGCUCAACUCUCGGAGUCCAUUCAUGAAAGGGAAAAGCUGCGUACGACACUAGCCGCCUGCGCCAGUGCCGUUGGCUGCAGUCCUGAGGGUGGAUCAGGUGGCAACGACGCCGCCAAUAAUCAUAACAAUAAAAAUGGUGAUGAUAAGGAGGUGGCGGAUGUACUGCGGGCCAUAAGGGCUCUUGCCUCCGCACACGAUGCCAGUGUGAAUGAACUGGAAGAACUGAGGGAACAACAUGCGUUAUCGCGGAAGGCGCUCGCGUCCGCAAAUGACAUCCGUGCUCUCGCGCAGGAGGAGCAGUGCCGCCUUAUGGAAGAGGUAGAGCGGCUGCGCGCUGAAAUCAUUGCGGUCACGGCGUCCAACGAGGAGCAUCGAGCUGCGCUUUUGCAUCUAACGGAGCAAGCGGAGGGAGUUGUCUUGAGACUUUCGACUGCGCACUCACCUUCCUUAUUUUGGGCGUCAUCCACCCUCACAAAACGUGCUCCUCUUGUAGCUCAGUGCUUGUUAGAUGCAUGCAACGUUUUUGAGGAAAACCGUUGUGCUCUGGAGGAUGAAUUAUCUACGUUGAAGAGACUUCACGAGGAGAGUCAACACGAGAUGAAGGCAGUGAAUGAAGUUCUCUGUGAGGCUCUGGAACUCACAGGGGAAACUAAUCCUAGCGAUACAACGCAACUUGGUGCAAUCGUCAAGGAAAAGUUAUCUAAGGCUCUAAAAGAGAAGAAUGCUAUUGCAGUUGUGACGGGGGCGCUACAAAGCGAGAACGCCACGCUGAAGGCUUCCUGUACCUCCACUGAAGCCAAACUGGAGGAGACGACGACAGCGUUGGAGCAGGUGGACACGCAGAAGCGAGCAUUGCAGGAGGAAUUGCGUGCAUUUGCGGCCUUUGCUGAAAAUGUCGCGGAGACGGUGGGUGAGCCGCUGCCUAGUGGUUCCACCGAUCUGGAACGCCUGAAGGUUGCUUUUGCUGCAAAGCAGGCGUCUCUGCAGCAUCACGCAGAGGAACUUACGCGGGUGCGUGAAGAACUUGAUGUCGCUACCAGCAGCUCUGCCGUGAUGAGGACGACAAUCGAUGAGAAUGCGGCAGAAAGAGAACGGCUAAUCGAGCAGCUUCUUGGUGCAGAACAGGAGCGUGAGGCCUUGUUGAAGGCUUCGGAGCAACUUGUUGAACGUGUGCAGAGCAUACUGGAUGAUCACGUGGAGGUGCAGCGUGAGCUGACAUUUGCCGAAGGCGAUGACGAUGUAACGGUGGUGGAUAUUGUGCAGGCGUGUGUGGAGCAGCUAGAUAAAAAUCGCAUUGGGGUGGAGACCUCAAAUGAGCAACUCGCAGCGCUUCAACGAGAAAACGCCAUGUUGAUGAAAGAAAUUCAACGUCUUCAAAAUAGUGCGGCGGUGAAAUCCGGGGAGGUUACGGAGCUUCACGAACAACUGCGUAUUCUGCUUGAAAGCCGACAGGUGGCGCAGGCCGAUCAGUCCAAGUUACAAGCGGAGCAUGACAGUCUCUCUCGUCAAGUGCAGGCGCUUUUUACCGACGCGUUGCGUAUGGCGGCAGAUGAAAUGGGGCUUCAGUUGCCAAUGUUCACUGACACCACUGCCUCCGGUGCUUUGCAAGGGCUCCGCUCGCUUUUUGAUUACAUCGCAGAAAAGUUCCGUUCUGGUGCCCUUCGCAGCGAUGAUACGGAAGACAAGAUUGAAUCGUUAAAACAGUUAUUGCAGCUGCAAGAACGGCAAAACGCCAAGGAGAACAAGAUUCUGUACCGAACCUUUUGUGAUCACGUUGUAGUUUAUACGGGCACCAAUUACUCAAGAAGGGAGGAUGGCGAUGAGGAUAGCAGCAACGGGAAGCCACAUCGACUUACGACUGAUUUUCUUGUUGCCGUAGGGGAAACUCUACACAGUGUUCACACUGAAUUCCGACAUGCGGGGAGGCUUUUUCGUCGCCUGAUUGGAGGCCCAGCAGAGCUAUCGAGCUCGUUGCGUGGAAUGACAUUGCCAGAAUCGGCAGCAUGGCUUGGGGAAGCUGCCAAUGAGACAGUGGAGCGAUCGGAGUUACUGCAUAACGCCAUUCGAGCCGUUUCACAAAUUGUGGAAAUAUUGCCUAUUGACCUUGCGUCCUCGCAGGAGCAAGUGACCGAGUGGGUGGAGAGCUUUUCCCUGUGGCUGGAACGAGCACAGCGUGGAAUUGAUUCUUUCGAUCGUCUACUGGAAGCACUCACAAGUGUUGUUCAUAGCCAUGGCGGAACCGUAGAGGAGACGUUAAGCACUAAUACGACCAUCACUAGCUUCAACAAUUAUAACAAUAAUAGCAGCAGCAAUCAUCAUCAUCAUCUUGACAUUGUGGACACGUCGCUACAAGAUUUGAACAACAGCCGCACGGAUAUUUCAUUCUCCCGGUACAUUACGGAUCCACAUCACCGUGCGGUAUUCAAUGCUGUGCGGGAUCUUUUCUCGCAGCUGGAGGGUCGAGGGCGUGUCUUGACAUCCGAGUGGCAGGCACUCAUGGAUCAAAACAAUCGUCUCAUUCAUGAACGUCGUCAGACGGAGGAGGAACAGGCGAGGGUGGAAGAUCAUGUGCAGGAACUUCGCCGUGUUGUGCAGCGCAAGAUUGAAGAGGACCGUAGAGUGGAGCAGAGCCUUAAGGAGUUGGAUAGGCAUCUUGACAUGCAGGCAAGGGAGCUGGCAAUGAAAUAUCGAUCGGAUCACGAUAUUAUUGUGCGACAAUUUACGGAGCUUCGUGGAACGAUACGACGAACGAUAAAACCUCCGCGAUCGCAUUCAACAGCAGCAACGACGUUUGGUUCUGCGAGUCAUCGAACUUUGUAA